AUGGGUCACUCCCAAGGCCACUCCCAAGGCCACUCCCAAAGCCACUCCCAAGGUCACUCCCAAAGCCACUUCCAAGGCCACUCCCAAGGCCAUUCCAAAGCCACUUCCAAGGCCACUCCCAAGGUCACUCCCAAAGCCACUUCCAAGGCCACUCCCAAGGUCACUCCCAAAGCCACUCCCAAGGUCACUCCCAAGGCCACUCCCAAAGCCAAUCCCAAAGCCACUCCCAAAGCCACUCCCAAGGCCACUCCCAAAGCCAAUCCCAAAGCCACUCCCAAGGCCACUCCCAAGGCCACUCCCAAAGCCACUCCCAAGGCCACUCCCAAAGCCAAUCCCAAAGCCACUCCCAAGGCCACUCCCAAAGCCAAUCCCAAAGCCACUCCCAAGGCCACUCCCAAAGCCAAUCCCAAAGCCACUCCCAAGGCCACUCCCAAAGCCAAUCCCAAAGCCACCCCCAAGGCCACUCCCAAGGCCACUCCCAAAGCCACUCCCAAAGCCACUCCAAGGCCACUCCAAGGCCACUCCCAAGGUCACUCCAAGGCCACUCCCAAAGCCACUCUCAAGGUCACUCCGAGGCCACUCCAAGGCCACUCCCAAGGUGUUCCAGAUAAGCAGGCAUCGGUCAUCUAUGCAGCUUUACCAGACACCUGA